CAGCAUGCUUUCCGCACGGCUGCUGCGGCAGCCAGCCCGCCAAUUGCUGUCUAGAAACACCAUUACACCAUCGACAAGCUUCAUCUACCCCCGCGCCCGCGCCUUCCACGCCACCGCCCCCCGCAACGAUGCCGUCCUCGGCGCGCUCCUCUACCUCCCGCACGAAAUGACGUCUCUCCUCCACUCUCAGCUCCCCUGGUACGCCACCAUCCCGCUGAUGGCCUUCAUAACGCGCGGUCUCCUCGUCACAACCGCCGGCUCCUGGGCACGCGCCUUGACCGCACGCUACAUCGGCCUGCACCCCCUCCGCCAAGCUAUUGGACACCAAAAGCGCGACCAGUUGAUGCAGAAUAAAAGCCAGUUCAAGAACCCCAUCGAAGCGAAGCGCCGUAUUUCGAAAGAAGUCAAGGCCGCGACGGGCGAGCUGGAUAAGAGAUGGAAUUGCACGCUUCGGGGACAGGUGCAUUGGACGUUCGCGCAGAUACCCAUUUUCUUAACUAUGGCGGAGAUUAUAAGACAGAUGUGUAAUGCGAGGGAUGGGCUAUUGGGCAUGGGAUUGAGUGCGGUGGGACUAAAAGAUGUGCCGGAGGCAGCAGCUGCGAUGGAGGCAGUGGGACCGACGAAUCCUUGGUUUGAGCCGAGUCUUGCGAAUGAGGGCAUGCUAUGGUUUCCGGAUCUUCUGGCCGCCGACCCUACGGGGGUGCUGCCAUUCGUCGUGUCCGGCCUCAUGUUCAGCAAUGUGUACUUCACGAAGAAUACGGGGUCGGCCCAUCCGGACCAGAUGUCCACGGUCUCGAAGUCUAUCCGGAGGACGUUGCUGGGCGUUUCGCUCUUGAUCGGUCCCCUGUGCCAGGGUUUGCCUGCCGCGCUGUUGUUGUACUGGGCAUCUAGUACAACCUCGGUCAUACUGUGGAAUUUCUGGUUGGAUUGGAAGUAUCCUGCACCUAGGGGAUUCACGGAGUGCAAGCGACCGCUUCAGAUGGUGCCUUCGCCUAAGCCUAAGGCACGCCGUAUAUAGACCCUAAUCAAGCUCAAGCGUAU